GUCUCCAACUCCGACUCCUCCCGGAUUCGAUGCUUCUAGAAAAAGCGACGCCCUUUGUUGUAGUCCUUUAAACUCCACCGCCUCCUCUUCCUCUUCUCCCCUUCUCUCUUUGUCGUCGGAGCGAGAGAGAAACGUCGCACCCUUGUUGAUCCCUUGCGGCUUCCCUCAAAGAUUUAUUGAAAAGAUGAGCGUUGUGGGGUUCGAUCUUGGGAAUGAGAGCUGCAUUGUUGCUGUGGCGCGGCAGCGGGGUAUUGAUGUUGUUCUUAAUGAUGAGUCUAAGCGUGAGACCCCUGCCAUCGUGUGCUUUGGUGAGAAGCAGAGGUUUAUUGGUACAUCGGGGGCGUCCUCGUCGCUGAUGAACCCUAAGAACUCUGUGUCUCAGAUCAAGCGGCUUGUUGGGCGGAAGUUUUCUGAUCCUGAGCUCCAGCGUGAUCUUCAGUCACUGCCUUAUUUGGUGACUGAAGGUCCAGAUGGGUUCCCGUUGAUCCAUGCGAGGUAUCUUGGCGAGCAGAGGGCUUUCACUCCUACCCAAGUGCUUGCGAUGGUUCUUUCGAACCUGAAAGGGAUAGCUGAGAGCAAUCUUAAUGCUGCAGUUGUGGAUUGCUGCAUUGGUAUCCCAGUGUAUUUCACUGAUCUCCAGAGGAGAGCCGUUGUUGAUGCUGCCACUAUUGCUGGGUUGCAUCCUUUGCGGUUGUUCCAUGAGACAACUGCAACAGCUUUGGCAUAUGGUAUAUAUAAGACAGACCUGCCUGAGAAUGACCAGCUCAAUGUUGCAUUUGUUGAUGUCGGCCAUGCAAGCAUGCAGGUCUGUAUUGCGGGGUUCAAGAAAGGGCAGUUAAAAAUUUUGUCGCAUGCGUAUGAUCGGUCUCUUGGCGGGAGGGAUUUUGAUGAUGCUCUUUUCAAGCACUUUGCGGCUAAGUUCAGGGACGAAUACAAGAUUGACGUGUAUCAGAAUGCUCGUGCAUGCCUCAGGUUACGUGCUGCGUGUGAGAAAUUAAAAAAGAUGCUGAGUGCGAAUCCUGAGGGACCACUGCACAUUGAAUGCUUGAUGGAUGAGAAGGAUGUUAAGGGUUUCAUUAAGAGGGAUGAGUUUGAGCAGAUCAGUAUGCCGAUACUGGAGCGGGUGAAAGCCCCAUUAGAGAAGGCACUUCUGGAUGCUGGGUUAACUGUGGAAAACAUCCACUCAGUUGAGGUUGUUGGAUCAGGCUCCCGGGUGCCAGCAAUUAUCAGGAUAUUGACAGAGUUCUUUAGCAAAGAGCCUAGACGCACUAUGAAUGCAAGUGAGUGUGUUGCCCGUGGCUGUGCCCUUCAGUGUGCUAUUCUCAGCCCUACAUUCAAAGUGCGCGAGUUUCAGGUUCAUGAGAAUUUCCCUUUCCCAAUUGCCUUGUCUUGGAAAGGAGCUGCCCCUGACGCACAAAAUGACGCUCCAGAUCAGCAUCAAAAUACUGUUGUAUUUCCCAAAGGAAACCAAAUUCCCAGUAUUAAAGCUUUGACAUUUUUUAGAUCUAGCACAUUCUCAGUUGAUGUUAUGUACACUGAUGUGGCUGAUCAGCAAAUACCAGCGAAGAUCAGCACAUAUACAAUUGGUCCUUUUCAAUCCACCAAAGGUGAACGUGCUAAAUUGAAAGUUAAAGUCCGUUUGAAUCUGCACGGAAUUGUUUCUGUUGAGUCAGCAACUAUGCUAGAGGAGGAAGAAGUUGAAAUACCAGUAUCAGCUACGAAAGAGCCACCGAAAGAAGAUACUAAGAUGGAUGCAGAUGAUACCUCUACUGGGGAAACAGAUGCGAAUAUGCAGGAUUCUAAACCUCCAGCUGAUGGUUCUGGUGUUGGGUCCGAAAAUGGAGCAACUGAUUCAGCUGACAAGCCUGUGCAGAUGGAGACAGAUGCCAAGGCUGAGGUUUCCAAAAAGAAGGUUAAGAAAACCAAUGUUUCAGUAUCUGAGAUAGUGUACGGAGGAAUGGCAGCUACAGAUUUGCAGAAGGCGGUGGAGAAGGAGUUCGAGAUGGCUCUCCAAGAUAGAGUUAUGGAAGAAACCAAAGACAAGAAGAAUGCUGUGGAGGCAUAUGUUUAUGAUAUGCGAAACAAGCUUCACGACAAGUAUCAGGAUUUUGUGCAAGAAGCAGAAAAAGAAGCUUUCGCUACUAAGCUGCAGGAGGUUGAGGAUUGGCUCUAUGAAGAUGGCGAGGAUGAAACAAAGGGUGUUUAUAUUGCGAAGCUUGAUGAGUUGAAGAAGCAAGGUGAUCCUAUUGAAGAGCGUUACAAGGAGUAUACUGAGAGAGGGCCUACUACUGAGCAACUUGCUUACUGCUUCAAUAGUUACAGAGAGGCAGCUCUAUCUAAAGAUCCAAAAUUCGACCACAUUGAAGUUGCUGAAAAGCAGAAGGUUAUUAACGAGUGUUCUGAGGCAGAAGCAUGGCUGAGAGAGAAAAAGCAGCAGCAGGAUGCGUUGCCUAAAUUUGCUGCACCUGUUCUUCUUUCAGCUGAUAUAAAGAGAAAGGCAGAAGCAUUGGAUAGGUUUUGCAGGCCGAUAAUGACAAAGCCAAAGCCAGCUCCUGCUAAGCCACAGACUCCACCGCCACCAGCAGCAGCAGAGACGCAAGCAAACGAACCACCUGUUGUUGACGAACAAAUGGGAGAACAGACAACGGACGCUCCUGCACCAGCAGCUCCAACUGAACCAAUGGAGACUGACAAACCCGACGGUGGAAAUCCAUCAGCAUAAAGAUGGACAUUUGCUAGUCAAUUUCAUCUUUGCUCUACAGAAGGUUAUCGGCUUCCAAGUCCUGGCUGCUAUUUAGUGAUUUUAUUAUGUCUUCUCCAGUAAUCUGGUUUUUUGAAAUGGGGUUUACAGGGAGAACAUGCACACCUUUCUCUUACUCAUUUGUUCUCAAAUUUUGUUUGGAGAUAUUCUUAAUACAUUGUCUGCUGGAUUCUGCCCUUGCUUGUUUGAUUGAUUUUCUCUGUUUUCUUUGUAUUAUUUGAACCUAGAAAGUUUAGUAGGAUUACAGUCAUCACUCCCUUUUUUUAUAAUA